UGUGAUUUUGUGAAACUCACUGCAAUUUCUGAAAUGCAUUUUGUAGUAAUAAUUUAUGUGUAGUAACAGCUAAUGUUGUUGAAUUGCAUAAACUUUCACAUGUGCAAUGCAACAAAAGGCUAAGAUGGAACAAUUAAGUGGAUGCCAUCAAAAUAAGGAUAAGGUGGGGACUAUUCCUUCAUUGCAGCCAAUAACUUGUAAGAUAUUUCUCUUUGGUAUCUAAACCAAACUUAUUAUCCUAAACAUGGCUACUAUCUUUGGUUCCCCAAUUUUCUCACUCCCUCUUACCAGAACCAGUCAUCACAUUGCUUCUUCAUCACAAACACCUCCACCACAACAACCUCCUCCUCAGCCCUCAGGUUCAUCUCCACAGUCAACAACAAAUUUUAAUGAAGAUCAAACAGUGCAAUUCUCUGCCAAAGCACAGCAACAGAAUCCCAUCAAACCAGUUGUUUCAUCAACUAACGUUGAUUCCACAGAUUGGAUAGCCACUUCCCUGACCAGACGAUUCGGCCUUGGAGCUGGUCUUGCAUGGGUUGGUUUUCUUGCAUUCGGUGUUGUCUCAGAACAAAUUAAGACUCGCCUUGAAGUUUCUCAGCAAGAAGCUAAUACAAGGAAUGUUGAGGAGGAGAAAGAGGUGAUUCUGCCUAAUGGCAUAAGGUACUAUGAAUUGAAAAUUGGUGGUGGCGAUACGCCAAGGCGAGGUGAUUUAAUUGUGAUUGAUAUUAUGGGAAAAGUUGAAAGCACAGGAGAAGUGUUCGUGAACACAUUUGAAGGGGAGAAGAAAUCAUUGGCACUAGUAAUAGGGUCAAGGCCAUAUAGUAAAGGACUAUGUGAAGGUAUUGAAUAUGUACUAAAAACUAUGAAGGCUGGAGGGAAGAGGAAAGUAAUAGUGCCUCCUGAAUUGGGAUUUAGAGAGAAUGGUGCUGAUUUAGGUUCUGGUGUACAAAUUCCUCCACAUGCAACACUUGAAUACAUUGUACAGGUUGAUAAAGUCUCUAUUGCACCAGCUUGAUUCAUCAUUUUUGAUUAAAUGUAACAAUACAUUGAUUAAUGCAGGGUGCUUUUGAUUUAUCAUAUAAAAAAGAAAUAUUCUCAUGUCA